AUGUCAGAAAUAAGCGUAAAAGUUGCGCUCGCUCGAUGCGCCGGCGUCGGCCGCGCCCCACGAGCGAGCAUGCUUGUACAGCUGCUAGUAUUCACGACGGCGCUCGCGGCAGCCUCCAGCGGAAAACACGAAUCACCACUACCUACAAACUGCACCUUUAACGAUUCGGAUUGGAAUAUUUUAGAAAAAUUAGUUGAUGAUGAACUAUCUUCGGUCAGGAAUCUAGCUCAGGAACAGAUGCAUAGUUUUUACAUUCCUUCAGUAAGAGUAUGUAAUACAAAGUCGGUUAUUAUUGAAGAUAGUGAUACCAGUUCUAUCAUCAUGUAUAGUAGAGAAACAACUCCAAUACCUACUACUAAUUUAGACUUUAGUUCACCUGUACAACCCUCGGAUUUGAAAGUUACCGUUAUAAAUUCCAAUAAUCAAAAUAAAGCACAAGAAACUGAGCUUUCUGAAAAGUUAGGUGGAGGAGUUCUCGAAUAG